CACGCCCUAAACGUGCCGUGCUCAAUGUAAGAUGUUAGCAAACGUCAAAUGGAGCCUCUUAGCCACAGCUGUUGUCAGUUUGCUGCUAUGCACCGCACAAGCCAUUGAACGCGCGCCAGCGCUUGCGAACACGUCGGCGCAUGCGCCAGCAACACCAGCGCGUCAGCUACAAACACAGCAACCAGCAUUGCAGUCAAGUGCGCGACAAGCACGCGCUACCACAGCGUACUCAGCUGCGCAUGGUCAGCACGCUUCUUUACCUAUUACCCCGGCGCCCGUCGCGCCCUCUGUAGACAAUCGGCGUACCGCGCGAAACCUCUACGCGCCUUUCAACACCUUCAGUAAGGUGGAUGAGGCGCCGUACACAGAUUGGCGUCGCCGCAGCGAUGGCACCGUAGUACAAACAUUUGGUGCAUACCGUAGUGGGCGCGCACUUUCAACGACCGCGCAACAACCACAAAUUCUACCACAUUUCCAACAAAGUCAGCCAGUGCAGCAGUCACAUCCGGCAGCACAACGCCGCUCGGAUGUCAUAACGACUGUCGAAGUGAUACCAGCGCCAGGAAUCGAACUAUCGAGCAGCACCAGUAAUGGCGCCAUAUCCGGUUCUUUACCCAUAACAAUACCCAAGCAAGUGGUGCCCGACGCAAAUGCCGCCGCAUCUAUCGCUGCGGCGACCACCGCCAUAGCGAAUGCGACGCGCAGCUCACGUCAACGCAACUAUGUAUAUAUACCACUGCAACAGCAAACCAGUGGCGCAACACAGCUGCCAAAGCGCAACAACAGCUCAUUCGGUUACCUGGGUCCACCUACACACGCUGUAGCUGCGGUAGCACAAGAAUUCGGCGACGAGUUGAUACAUACGCAAACAGAUCGCAUUGAUGUGGCCACAGCGCCAGCUGCAGACACCGCCAUCACUUCAACAGAUAAAGUAGAUUAUGAGGAUGAAAAUGCAGCACGUCGCAAUGGUUUCAAAUUCCCCAGCUACAGUUUGAAACCAGCGAGCCCUUUUUACCCGCAAGGCUAUCGGGAAGACAAUCCCAUCUUCACCGAAACAGCUGGGUUUGAGUCGCCCUAUAGCGAGGAGGUGCUGCCCACGCAAUACGAUCAAGAUACACGUCAUACACGUCAGUUGAUCUAUGACACCGCUGAUGCAGUGCCUAUUUCGCAUCCCUUCGAGUUUCCCGGACUGGCGUCAAACACAAAACCUCAUUCACUGAGUGGAGCUAUUGCGGGUGGAAAGCUAUUUCGUGAGGAGGUUACGAAAUUCGGCGAUAUAAAUGGGCCCAUCACCGCUGUACCACAACGUCCACAACGCGGUUUGUUCUAUGGAGAUACAGAAUUCAGGACAGGUCCGUCGCGACCAUAUGCGCCGCAGAAGGCUUUCAACGAGUACAUUGGUCCAAAUGGACCACUCGAUUUUCAGAGUUCAAGGAAAAGUCGCUUCUUCCCUUUCAAAUCAUCGCGCAGUCCACGCGUUGUGUUUCCGGUGAACGAUAACAUUGGUACAACGGGUCCGAGUGGCAGCGGGAAUGGAGUUUACUUUAGCGAUAGCGUAGCUUUCAGAGAUCAAAACUUUGGCCUCAACGACUUGGCUGCCAUUCAAGACGUCCGCAAUGAAUUCAGUUUACAGGACAUAGACGGCAGCACCUCAGAGACCAGUUUGUCGAGUGUGCCUUCUUCCGGAACAUUCAAAGAAAAAGGUUGCGGCAUUUCACUGGCCAAACAGGCCGCUCAACGGCGCAUAGUCGGCGGUGACGAUGCCGGUUUCGGUUCAUUUCCUUGGCAGGCGUACAUACGUAUCGGAUCCUCGAGAUGCGGCGGUUCACUGGUGUCGCGUCGUCACGUCGUUACCGCCGGUCAUUGUGUGGCACGUGCCACACCACGCCAGGUUCACGUCACUCUUGGCGAUUACGUAAUCAACUCUGCUGUCGAACCUCUGCCGGCCUAUACGUUCGGUGUGCGUCGCAUCGAUGUGCAUCCGUAUUUCAAAUUUACACCGCAAGCGGAUCGAUUUGAUGUGUCCGUAUUGACGUUGGAGCGGCCGGUGCAUUUUAUGCCACACAUAGCACCAAUCUGCCUACCGGAAAAGAAUGAGGACUUUCUUGGAAAAUUUGGAUGGGCAGCCGGCUGGGGCGCUUUGAAUCCUGGCUCAAGACUGCGGCCAAAAACGCUGCAGGCGGUGGAUGUGCCGGUGAUUGAAAAUCGCAUCUGCGAACGCUGGCAUCGUCAAAAUGGCAUAAAUGUUGUCAUUUACCCGGAAAUGAUGUGUGCCGGCUAUCGAAAUGGAGGCAAAGAUUCCUGUCAGGGUGACUCUGGUGGGCCGCUGAUGCAUGAGAAGAGUGGCCGUUGGUAUUUGAUUGGCGUGGUUUCAGCUGGCUACUCGUGCGCCUCGCGCGGCCAGCCGGGCAUCUAUCAUCGUGUACCUUAUACGGUAGAUUGGAUAUCCUACGUUGUCGGUCUAACCACCAAUCUGUAGUAAAAGUGAAUAUUCUCGAAUUCACUUGUUUCAAUUUAUAUUAAAAAAAAGAAAAAAGAAAUGCUCAACAUUCUAAACUAAGCGACUUCUAAUUUAUGUAUUUGAUUUUUCAAAAA